AGUCCUUUAUAAAAGGCUCGUCUACAAUUCCAGUAGAGCGGUCCAUCUUCGUUGCUAUCAUUCGUAACUGAGAGAGCUUCUCUCCGAUCUAAUCGGCUAUACAUGGGGGAGGUUAAGGUUACCUUGGAGGUCGGAAGCGACGGUGUCGCUGUCAUCACUAUUUCUAACCCGCCGGUUAACGCCUUAGCCGUUCCAAUUAUUUUAGGUUUGAAGGAGAAAUUCACCGAGGCGUCGAGGAGAGGUGAUGUGAAAGCUAUCGUUCUGACAGGCAAAGGAAGGAGGUUUUCUGCUGGAUUUGACAUCAAUGUUUUCGAGAAGGUUCACAAGACUGGGGAUAUUUCGCUUAUGCCCGAUGUAUCGGUGGAUCUUGUGGUCGACACAAUCGAAGAUUGCAAAAAGCCUGUAGUUGCUGCUGUGGAAGGACUUGCUCUUGGAGGUGGCUUAGAGUUGGCACUGGGAUCCCAUGCACGUAUUGCAGCACCAAGAACUCAGCUUGGCUUACCCGAGCUGACACUUGGAGUUAUUCCAGGGUUUGGAGGCACACAACGUCUUCCAAGGCUUGUAGGGCUGUCAAAGGCUGUUGAAAUGAUGCUGUUGUCGAAACCAAUCAUGUCGGAAGAAGGGAAGAAGCUAGGUCUUAUUGAUGCUGUUGUGGCCUCUGAAGAGUUGUUGAAAGUAUCUCGGCAAUGGGCUUUAGACAUUGCAAAUAGGCGCAAGCCAUGGAUACGUUCCCUUUACAGGACAGACAAGCUUGGUUCCCUGUCUGAAGCCCGUGACAUGAUAAAAAUUGCAAGACAACAAGCCAGAAAAACUGCACCAAAUAUGCCUCAGCACCAGGUCUGCCUUGAUGUGCUGGAGGAGGGCAUUGUUCAUGGAGGAUAUAGUGGUGUUUUAAAGGAGGCAAAAUUAUUCAAGGAGUUGGUCUUGUCAGACACUUCAAAAGGACUUGUUCAUGUCUUUUUUGCCCAGCGUGCAACAUCCAAGGUGCCUAAUGUUACUGAUCUUGGGCUCAAACCGAGGCAUGUAAAGAAAGUUGCUGUUAUCGGGGGAGGUCUAAUGGGUUCUGGCAUAGCUACAGCUCUUAUUUUGAAUAACAUAUAUGUUGUUCUCAAGGAAGUCAACUCUGAAUAUCUUCUCAAGGGAAUAAGAACAAUAGAAGCAAAUGUUCGAGGCUUAGUAACAAAAGGAAAGCUGACACAGGAUAAGGCAGAAAAAACCUUAUCAAUGGUCAAAGGUGUGUUGGACUAUGCAGACUUCAAAGAAGUGGAUAUGGUCAUUGAGGCUGUCAUUGAAAGUCUUCCUUUAAAACAAAAAAUAUUUAGUGAAAUUGAGAAAGCAUGCCCUGCCCACUGCAUUUUGGCUACAAACACAUCUACUAUUGACCUCAAUUUGGUAGGGGAAAAGACCAGCUCUCAAGAUCGGAUCGUGGGGGCACAUUUCUUCAGUCCUGCCCAUGUGAUGCCUCUUCUGGAGAUUGUAAGGACGGAGAAGACAUCUGCUCAAGUUAUUCUCGAUCUCAUGACAGUUGGGAAAACAAUAAAAAAAGUCCCUGUAGUAGUUGGUAACUGCACUGGCUUUGCAGUCAAUCGGACAUUUUUCCCUUAUACACAAGGCGCAUAUGUUCUGGUAAAUUUAGGUGUGGAUGUGUUCAGAAUUGACAGAGUGAUCAGUAGUUUUGGCCUUCCCAUGGGUCCUUUCCAGCUUCAAGACUUAUCCGGAUAUGGAGUGGCCCUUGCAGUUGCGAAAGAAUUUGCUAAUGCAUUCCCCGAUCGCACAGUUAUGUCACCGUUGGUUGAACUUUUGGUCAAAAGUGGAAGAAAUGGUAAAAACAAUGGAAAAGGAUACUACAUUUAUGAAAAGGGAAGCAAGCCAAAGCCUGACUCCUCUGUGCUUCCAGUUAUUAAGGAGUCUAGACGACUAGCUAACAUUAUGCCUGGUGGAAAGCCUAUAUCUGUUACCGACAAAGAAAUAGUGGAAAUGAUACUCUUUCCGGUGGUGAAUGAGGCAUGUCGUGUUUUAGAUGAAGGAGUAGUUGUUCAAGCAUCAGACCUUGAUGUUGCAUCUGUUCUUGGAAUGAGUUUUCCAUCUUAUCGUGGUGGCAUUGUUUUUUGGGCAGAUACAGUUGGGCCUAACCAUGUUUAUACCAGUCUCAAGAAAUGGUCAGAACUAUAUGGCAGCUUUUUUAAACCAUCAAGGUUUUUGGAAGAAAGGGCAAGAAGAGGCAUCCCGUUGAGUGCACCUGCAACAUCAUCUCCAUCAUCAAAGUCCCGCCUGUGAGCAGUAACUUCAAAUUCACACCGAUCCUAAAAGCAUACGAUUAUGGAGAAGACAAAUAAGUUAUGAUCCUUUUGUUAUUUUUGUGGGCAAAUAAAUUAGUCACGUUCAGCUGGCUUGUAAUUUUUCAAAUAUUCAGAAAUUAUAAAGGUUUUUAAUUGUGUUUGUU